UUCAGAGAGAAACCAAAAAUGAUAUUAAUCUAGAAAUUUAUCACGCAACCCUUAAAUUGGAAAUUGAAACCGGGAAUAUCCAGGAACCUCACUCCAUGUCCCAAACAAAGAAAUUUCUAUGGUAAACUUGUCCUUGUUCUUCUAAACGACGUAUCUUUUCUUUCCCUCUUUCCCUGUCAACUUAGGGUUUCCUUUUUUUUUUUUUUAAAGAUUUCCUCUUACCUUCUACACAUUAGUCUUCAUCAUUGAUUUUAACCCCCCAAUCUUUUUAUACCUAACAGUUUCAAUUCGUGCCUAAUUGGCUAAUUCCUGAAACUUGCAAUGCCGCCAUUUUUAUCGACCUCAAAGGCGGUCGGGUCGGUAAUAUCCCGUAGAAAUGUGAUUAACCAGUUUGUUAGGCACGCAAAGAACGGAGGGCGGACCGGGAACUUCGAUCAAAUCCGAUGGGUUACUAGUAUUUCCGGUAUCCAAAUGCCGCCGGUUCACCCGUUACUUGGUUCUCGCAAGGUGGAUUCCGUUGUUCCAUUAAACUAUUUUUUCAAUCAUUAUACUCUCCAAAGGAGACAAUUUUUAGGCUGUGGUGACGGCGAAGAAGGCGGUGUUUUAUCUAAAGUUUACGAGGAAAGGAUCGUCAUGGGGUAUUCGCCAGAACAAUUAUUUGAUGUGGUCGCAGCUGUUGAUUUGUAUCACGGAUUUGUUCCUUGGUGUCAGCGGUCUGACGUAAUUAAACACUAUCCAGAUGGAUCGUUUGAUGCUGAAUUAGAGAUUGGUUUUAAGUUUCUGGUUGAGAGUUAUGUUUCUCAUGUAGAAUUAAGCAGGCCAAAGUUUGUAAAGUCAACUGCAUCACAAAGUAGCCUUUUCGAUCAUUUGAUAAACAUUUGGGAAUUCAAUCCUGGACCAGUCCCAGGAAGUUGCAGCCUUUACUUUCUUGUGGACUUUAAGUUCCAGUCACCACUCUAUCGGCAGGUGGCAUCCAUGUUUUUUAAGGAAGUGGUGUCCCGAAUGAUCAGCUCAUUCAGUGAACGUUGCCGAUUGAUUUAUGGGCCAGGGGUUCCAGUCCUUGAGAACUCUUAUGGAGAAAGGACAUAAACAUUUGUUUUCCAGAAGUAGCGUUUGAAGUGCAUUUUAGGACAGCAGCUGGAAUUAUAAGGAUACUCACAAUGCCUGCUGGGUAGUGUGUUUUCUGUACUGCCCAGCCAUUAAAACUUGCCUUAACCAUAUUAGGUAUUCGUUUGCCCUCAUCCAAUUUUCACAAAGAUCAAGUGAUUGUCAUUCAACCAAUUUUCAGCUAUGUCUAUAUUUUACGGUUUACAAUUGAUAACUAUUGAAUUAUCGAUCAUGCAUUUGUGUUGUUGCACCCAAGAAUCUUAUGAUAGCAUGAUAAUUUUCGCUUUAGUUGGAAUGAAGGGGUCUUCUUUUUAGUGUUGAUAA